AUGAUGGCUCCGCACAUCCAUCAAUAUCGUGUCGUCUGGACCAACGACCUCAACUGUUCCAAAAGAGUGGAGAGUACUUCGAGAUGGAAACGGAUCAAGGAGUCAAACGACCCCAACUCACGCGACGCAAACGGCCCCAGUGGUCCUCCGCGCACCUCAAGAGCACCAGAUCCUGAGGCGCGCACGCCGGCAAGACCGUCACAGGCUGAGAUCCGCCUGCCAAACUUCACCGGGAACACCAGCUACCAGAGCGCUGCGUACCACGUGUGA